AUGAGCGGCAUGGAGAAAAAGAAGAAGAACAAGAACAACAUCAACAAGCGCGAGGAAACCACCGCGACCAUUUUUAAAGUCCCCCGUUACAUCCCCCAGGACGAUGCAGAUGGAGGCGAAUUCUACGCCAAGGGGAAAGAUGAUAUACUGACAAAAAAGGAUGGCCUGGUCAGAGGUGACCAAACAGGGAUCCCACGUGUUGGUGACCAUGCCCAGGGGGGAGAAGAAGAAUCCAGUCACCACGUGGAAGUGAGCGUCGACUCGGACGUUGACCUCCACCCCGACCUCGACUUAGAAGCAACUGAGAAGGUAUGGUUCACCAAUUUAUUGCGGAAAAAGGGGGAAGAACACACCGGAGCGGGACACAAACAGGACAGAUCUGCGCCAUACUCCGAAGUAAAACCUGAGUCGGAGGAAGAAGAAGAAGAAGACCGCACGGAGGAUGACGAGGAAGAAGAAAUUGUCAUAAAUGCGGAUGCUAUUUUUAAAAAUAUUUACCCCUUUUUUAAAACGGAGGAGGACCCCAAUUAUAUGAAGUACAAAAAGCAGCUGCAAAAAAUUGUAAAAAAUAAGUCUUGA